AGCCUCGGCGCAGAAGCGGCGUGGGGGAGAUGCUUCACUUUCCCAUCUGAGAGCGCUUCCCGCCUCCUCCUUCUCGCCCACCCGCCAUAAAAUCCCAUCCACGGAGCCUGGCGUGGGAGUUGGAGGGAUGCGCGUCGCCAGAGCCCAGCGCCGAGCCCACGGCCGGCUCCACGGGCAUGAGAAAUCCCUGCGGCACGGAGAAGCAGCAAGGCGAGCGCUUCCACUCGCGGUUCCACAGGCUGCCAGGCGAAGACGUCCCCCUCUUCCCCAGAGGAGUGAUGCUCAUCAGAGAAGUCCUUCUGCUCCUUCAGUGCUGUUGGCCUUCACUAUUGCUGCACUGGACCCUUCACCCCAUAUGGGGCUUCAUUCAGAUCGCUCACGGUGAGCCCCAGAAAACAUGCUCCAAGCCUGUAGCAGCAAAAGUCACAGACAGUUGUCAACAGAUCUGUCAAUGUAGACCACCCCCAUUACCACCCCCUCCUCCUCCACCACCACCACCAAGGUUGCUUGGAGUCCCGUCUCCCACAGUUCCUGUUUGUCCUGCUCCAGAGUCCUGGUGGCCAGGUCCAGUUAUAAUUAUUGCAGCAUGCUGCACCACACCAGUGUUCCUCUUUCUAGUUUUCAUCAUUUGCUACAAAGCCAUAAAAAGGAAACCACUGAGAAAAGAAGAGAAUGGAACAAGUCGAGCUGAAUAUGCAAUGACCUCCUCCCAAAACAACAAAACAGUUGAAUCUAACAAUGCGGUGGUAUAAUUUCUGAGACCUCCUCUUGAGUAGUAAACAUUAAAAGCACAUGCAGCGUAUGCAAAGUGGAUGAAAUGCAGCAGUGAAAGAAGUUCAAUGGCCGAGGGACUUCAUUUCAGAAAUAGUGCGUGCAUCAGUUACUCCGAGAAGAAAAGCGGAUAACUUCUCUUCGGCUUGCUGAUCGUCAGAAAGGGAGGUAUAAACUUGCCAGUCAGGGCUGCUCUGAGAAAAAACCUCACAAAGGCACACUUACUGCAUGCAACCGACAGUCAAAAGCAUCAUAAUGUUAUCCCCAGAUCUCUCUAUCAGUCUUUUCUUUCAUUAAUUCAUUUGUUCUUUCCUUCUUUUUGUCUUCUAUUUUUUUUCUUUUCCUCCCUCCUUCCCUUUUAUUUUUAUCUCGCUGUUUAUUGGGGGGAGGGGAGGGAGGAUGCUUUGAUAGGGGUCCUUUGAGAGUGAAGUUGAUCUGACAGAAGCACUGUAAUUGGUCCUGGAACAUUGUAAUUGGAUCUGGGGGGAAAAACCAAGCUUUACUAGCAUGGCUUUGCAUUUGUCUUUUUUUCAUUUACAAGGCACUGCCAUUCCCAUCUUUUGUUAUGAUUACAUUCUGAAGUGGAAAAGUUUCUAUUGACCCCAAGACAACUUCCCUGACCCUUAUUGCAUGAUGUUAUGAAAUAGACACCUGCAUCCUGGUGACUCUGCAAUUUCCACAGCUGGUGACAUUUCAAGCAGAAAGUAGUCACUGUACGACCUGUAGCAAUUAACAUUGUGUAUCAAAGAGGGAAGAUUAUUGGCAGUAGUAACAGCUAAGGGUGUAUUGUAUAGUAUUCAUACAAUUUUAUUCUCCCUUUUUGUUAUUAUGUAGCAUUUUUUUGCCUUAGGUUUGAAAAGUUCCACAUAUGUGUUCCUCAUUUACAGUUCUGCACAAUUUUGCACAUGUAUUUAUACCACGCGGAUCUGCUGGUGGCAUCUUUCUAGUAUGGCUUUUGAAAUGUUUGGGUUUGGAGCUGAGGGAAGACAAGCUGCAGUGAAAAUGGAAGUCCUUCUUACACUCCUUGCAAGCUCAGAUAUCUCAAAACUUUCCUGUUUCUUCAGUAGCUCCUCCAAAGAACUUCUUUUGGAGGGAAAAAAGGACUCUCCACUUCAGGGAGAAUGCUGUGAUAGCUCAGUCCUCUCCGUCGACAAGGGACUGCCAACUGUGCCAAAUUCUAUGUGAUAGCUCAAUGUUGUACCAUUUUAUGAUAAGGACUGCAAAUGACUUGAAAAGCCAAACCCAUUUUCUUGCAAGUCUUAUUAGGCUCAGUCACUUUAAUUUCUUAAAAGACCAUUGUUCAGACACUGUUGUUGUCCACACCUGGACUAAGAUGUUAAAAACAUUUCUGCCUUUCCCUUCCUGUACCGUUGUUUAUCACUUGCUUCUUGUCUUGCUGUCAAGCUUUAGUGACAUUGUCUCCGUGUCUUCAAGCAAUCGAAAAGAAGCUGUCUCAGUGCCAUUGCAUAGAAUCACCACAUCAUGUCAACACAGACCAUUAUUGCUAAGAAUCUGAUGUUCGGAAUCACUUUACCUUAUGGGUGCACGAGGCCUAGAAAAUCUAUACUGAGACUCCAAAGAGUUGAACCACAAUCUAAAACCCAACGUCUUCUUAGUGAUGGUGGCAAAAUGGGGAAUUUUCAAAAACAGGUAGUAGGCCACCUGCUUCCAUUGGAUCAACAUUGCCCUUGGUAAAGUCACUUGGCUGUAGUGACAAAGUGAAUGGUCAAGUAUUUGAUAUUCGGUGCUUAAAUGAAGUAAGGAGCAACUGUGAAAUCUGGAGUUAAAAGAAUUUUGUUAAUCAUUGUUUUUCAGUAGAAAAAAUGUAGUAAAAGCAGCAGGAAGUACUAAGUGCAUAUAUGCCCAGUCUCUGUGCCAUGCAUGUACAUGAGGUGUCUUUCCCACUGAGUUUGGAAAAGUUACACUUUGAACUAUAGCUCCCACAAUGUUCCUACCAUCACAACUAGAAAUCAUCCUGACUGGAUAAAUGCUCAGCAGAAUAGUCCACAAAAAGAACUUCUCCAAGUUCUACAUCCAUUUUGUGAUCUUCUCAGUAUUUUGCUUAGAAGAUAAAAUAUGGUAGAAAAACAAAGGCUGGGUUGUUGUAGGUUUUUCGGGCUGUAUUGCCAUAUUCUAGAAACAUUAUUUCCUGAUGUUUCACCUGCAUCUAUGGCAGGCAUCGUCAAAGGUUGUGAGGAUGUGAAGUUGUGAGGACCUCACAACCUCUGAGGAUGCCUGCCAUAGAUUUAGGCAAAACAUCAAGAGAGAAUGCUUCUAGAACAUGACCAUACAGCCUGAAAAACCUAUAACAACCCAGUGAUUCCGGCCAUGAAAGCCUUUGACAAUACAAAACAAAGGUUGGUAUUUAUUUACUCUUAAUGGAGAAAUUCACCAAGUCAUGGUUGUAUUCACUUUUCUUUCCUUUAAGAAAAUAGCAAGGAAGGCUUUUUGUAAUCUUUUAAAUGUCAAGAAUUGUUGAAAGUGGAGUGACAAUAAUGUCACUGACCCUCUUCUCAGAAAGGAAGAAAAUAAUUUGCUUCCAGUCACUUUAACACAUCAUUUUGCACUAUAUUGACUGGAAGAAAACAAUCUGGGUUCUCAGAACACAGAGCUGAUCAAAGCCAAUUGCCAUUUUUGACAUUGAGUUGUGUCAACCUAUAUGCUUCAGAUGAAAUCCACUGGCACUUAUAUUUAGAACGGCACUUUUCCCAUAAUCCUGCAACAUAGUUUUUCUCUGGGUUGUUUUUAGAGAAAGUUCUAACAUGAGAUAUUAUUUUGAUGUAGUUGUUUCCCUUUGAGACUCUCAUUUAUAAAAGAAGCUAUAGUCAUAGAAACAUGAUGCAAAAUACAACAUGGCGCAAACAUCAAAAGGUUGUCUUCUAUUAAAAUGCAUGUAUUUUGUUAAGACAAACCUUUUCAACUUGGCACCUCUGGAGGCAUUGCAUUACAAUUCCCAACAUUCUCAACCAAUACAUGGGUAGUGAAAAUUGUAGUCCAGCACAUCUGGGAGGCAUAACGUAGCCACCAUUUCUCCCGUAGGGUACUAGGAAAGCAGCCUCUUUUACGUCCAAGUAAGCAUGACUUUCCUCUUGCUCUGUAACAGGACCUAAUGCCCAUCAUCCCAAGCCAGCAUAGCUAGUGGUGAGGGAAGAUGAGUUAAUUAGGAAGUCACCACAUAGAUAAAACAAAUACAUUCAUUGCCUCAUUGGGGUUAAAACAGGAUUUAAGCCCACUUACCUUUCAAAUUUGGAUGAAGAGCUCCUACAUAGUAGCUGUUUAAUUUCUCUAAAAGCAAUCUCUUAGUGUUCUUAACUUCAACUCCAAGCAGCAUUGACCAGCAUGGCCCAUGGCAAGAGGAGAUAGGAUUUUUUGUAGUCCAAACAUUUAAACAGCCAAAGGUUUCCCACCCAUAAAACAAAGAAGUUCUUGUGGUGCUUAUUGUUGUCUCAGUUAUAACAAUGUUUAUUCCAACUUGUUAAGCAUAUGCUAGGCAUGCUAAUGAGCAGUACUAAAUUGUUUUUAGAAUUUGCAUACUUUGUUCUAUGUUUGCUUCACAAAUAACAAACCUCAGUGAGAUCCUAGAUAGUUAAAACACCACUCUUGUUUCUACUCUACCCAGAACUAGGAAGAAUAUGGUGUGAAAUGUUCCUGAUUUUCAUUUUCAGCCUCCCUCCUGCCCCAAUAAAUUAAGUAAACUGAUGCACAGAUACCAUCACUUCAAAACUUAAGCAGGAUGAGGACCUCAGUGUGGAUGUGAGCCAACUGGUUCUCUUGGUGGCCAAAUCAAAGAACACUUAAAGAUUUUAUUCCUUGAAUUUUCUAGUCAGAAGGACCUGACCCACACAGAUGUUUGGACUGAAACUUGGCUGUUGGCCAGAUUUUGCUCUCCAGAUGUGAAACAGUUCUCAAAGGUUUAAACACAAAUUAUGCAGUGAAGUCUGUAUUUUGAGACAAAUUGAUAUAUUCAAAUCAAAGCUUGUCCUCAAGUCCCAAAAGUACCUUAGCCUAGGGAAUCCUGGAGGGGUUUGUGUGUGUGUGUGUCAGGAGUGAUUUGAGAAACUGCAAGUUGCUUCUGAUGUGAGAGAAUUAGACAUCUGCAAGAACGUUGCUCAGGGGAUGCCCAGAUGUUUUACCAUCCCAUUGAAGGUUUCUCUCAUGUCCCCUCAUGAAAAGAUGGAGCUGACAGACGGGGGCUCACCCUGCUCCCUGGAUUCGAACCGCCGACCUUUUGGUCAGCAGUCCUGUUGGUACAAGGGUUUAACCCACAACUCUGAUUUGGAGUUCAUGUACAUUUAAACAAGUUAAAACCAAACUAAUAUUACAUAUGGUCUAAGAAAGUGAAGAGAAUGAGAGAAUGAGAUUCUUCACCAUUAAGCCCAGGUAACAAAGAAAGCUGAAAUAACCAGGAAUGCAUUCUAUGGGAAGAAUUGUGAAUUUGCAACUUUGUUCUGAUCAAAGAAACCUUUGUGCUCAACACCUACUGAGGGUAACUUUUUUGCCACGACUCCAAAACACAGAUUCUAGUAAUGCAAAGUAUGUCUGCCCUUGAUGUAAAAAUGUGACUCCUCAGAUAUAUUAUGCAUACACCCACCAGCAGCCCUACCCAGCAAAGCCAAUGAUAAAGGAUUAUGGGAAUUGUAGCACAACAACACCAGGAGAACCACAGUUCACUCGUACCAGAAAGCUUAUGAAAUACCUAAGGGAACAAUAUACAAAAAGGAGAAACCAGUGUAGAUCUAAGAAUUCAGAAGAAUGUGAUAUAGUCCUGGGAUUGUACCAUUCAGGGGAUAGGUGAAGGUACAGCAUUGCAUUAACCACUUAACAAAACCAUGGAACGAUGCCACUUGGUUUUUUCUGUACGUGUAGUUUGGCUGUCAGCCCUCAGAAAUAGGGAGAGAUUGAAGUGAUGCCUUCAGGAAGAAUAUAUUCCUAGAGCUUCAGAAUAUAGCUAGGAUUUUGUUUGAAACUGUACCGAUUAGCAGCAAAGCUUACAUAAAAGGAGCAUGUGUGCUCUUUAAUACAGUUAAUUAAAUACCAAUGAUAUAUACAAGUCUUGACAGAUAAAAGCUUCUUCACAAUGGGGACCCAUUACACUGAAAAUUGGUAAUUCAAGUUAGCAAUUCACAGGGAUUUAAAGUUUAUUUUUAUACUCUAAAAUUAGAUACUGAAAAGCUCUGCAUACCUGGGGGCAUGUCGUGAGCAAGCUUUCCAGAUGGUAGCUGAUUGUGUGCACCACAAAUUUGACCCAAAGAGCUAAGAGAUUUUCUCGGUUUGCAACUUCGUUACCAAUAAAAGAGAUUUAUGGUAUAGAUAAAUACAUAGAGAGCAUGAUCCCACCAGAACGGAAUACUUUUGAAUGCCAUUGAUUUCAAUGGGAGAAUAGAACAAAGCUUGUGCUUAAAUUCUCCCAUUGCAAUAGAGCUUCAAAGUCUUUCAUCUGGCAGGAUCAUAGCCAUAUAUUAUAUAGGUAUGGACCUGAAUUUCCAUUGCCUCGCACUUUGCAACUUGGUUUGUACCAUGAAAAAUGGGUGGAAACCCAUCCUAUUUUGUAUUUUGCUUUGCACAGGUAUAUACAAUAACUCAUAGUCCAAGGCAAUGGAGACUCAUGACUGUUAUAAAUAUAUUUUUAUAUAUUCUUUACAACCCUCCCCUGCAUCUCUGCAAACAAAAAAUAUAUGAUUUUUAAACUGCAAAGAUAGUGUAUUAAAAAAAUAAUGCAUGAAUGUAAAUACUCUUUAAGAUCUGCCUUCUUGACUGUGCACCACAUGUACAGAUUAAAACAGCCAUUGUUCCUAGACAAUCUGUACCAGUGGUUCAACAACAAAAGCUAAUGGCCACGAUCCAAAGAGUUCCUUUAGGUAACACACAAGAGCCUCAUGCAUGCACCAAGAUGGCUGCUUUCAGAGAGGAAGGCUCAGAAACCUCACUGCGCGCUUGGAGCUCAUUGGGUCAUGUCCAAAACCCAUUUCAAAAUUAAUGUUGUCAUGUUUCUAAGACAAGCCAUUAAUGUAUAUUUAGCAUUUAAGGAUAUUGCUCAAUACCUAUGUUCUGUACCAAAAACAAACAAAAACUGUGUUAUAUAUACAGAUUGUAUAUUACCUUAAAAAGACACCAUAACUAAUUUUUAUUUUAAAUAAAAAUGUGCUUAUAAAAUGUU